UGAUGGGUUUUGAUGCGAAGCUCCGUGGAAACGACAACAUAAACAGCUUCCAUAUUGUUAAUGAAACAUGAUUUAUAGCCUUAUUUUCUUCAAUACUCAACGAUAACAUAUGGCGAAAGCUAGUAUAAGAAGCAAGCUUUCGUAUUGACAAGAAAAAAUGGCUAAUGUUGAUGAAAUACAAGGCAGCUGGUUUCCUACUGGUUUCCAUGGGCACUUUAGAAGUAAAACUCGUACCGAUUUUAACAUCCCUUAUCGACAAAGAGCAAAGCCAAAACCACCAGUAAAAUUUUUGAAUCAAACUAAGGAGCGGUCCAACAGACACUUAUUUUCAAGACAUGACAAUAGAAAUGCCCACAGUAAUGUUGGUGAUCUAGAAGCGUUUUUUAAUAUGGGUCUUGGUAAGCGGAAAUACCUAAGUACCACUGAUCAGUCAAUUCCAUCACAACAUACCAAGUCUACAAAAGACAUGUUAACAUGGAAAGGAAAUGAAAAUAAUGCUAUGGUAACUACCUAUCGAAGACAGUUUGAUCGGCGAUCAAUGCCAGCACCAGGAUUCAAUGAAUAUGAACCUGUUCAUGUGCGGUCCAAUCUCCACCUUCAAAGACGGCAUUUUAGAGCAGUCUCAGCUCCCCCGUCACAGCGCCGUACUGCACCACUUCUUGCUUGGAAUGAACCAGAUGACAGUUUCUCUUCAAGACCAGGGAUAGGGUCUCAUCAUUUAACACAAAACCAGACCUUUUCACAUUCAACACCAGCAAGACCUUCAAACACAAGUAAUUUUACAGUUGCAGAGACGAUAACACCAUUAAAUACCAGAUAACAUUUUAUUGUCAAAUACCUUUUGAUAAAGACACAAUGUAUAGACACAAUGUAAAAAUGAAAGUAUGUGCCUCUUCCUUGCAUUGAGGAGAAUUGGAAAUUUAAAGAGAUUGGCAAGGUCUAAGAAGUUUUAAUUUUGCUGAUCUGCUUCUUUAUGCUUUGUAAAGAGGUUGAACAUCCUCUUCUCAUUCUUCAAUCUUCAUUAUGAGCACUUCUAUAAAAUUUCAAAAUGUUGACAGCUCCAUUGAGACGUUUUCAACAAGAUUAUUAAAAAUAUUCCAAACGUUAGAAAUA